CCAGAGGUGCCGUCCGCCACCUUCUUCACCGCGCUGCUCUCGCUCCUGUUGUCCGGGCCCCGCCUGUUUCUGCUGCAGCCGCCCCUGCCGCCCUCCGGCCUCUCUCUGCGAUCCGAUUGCCUGCGCAACUGGCAAGUUUACAGGCUGGUGACCUACAUCUUUGUCUAUGAGAAUCCAGUUUCCCUGCUGUGUGGUGCUAUCAUCAUCUGGCGCUUUGCUGGCAAUUUUGAGAGAACCGUGGGCACCGUCCGCCACUGCUUCUUCACCGUGAUCUUCGCCCUCAUCUCCGCUAUCAUCUACUUGUCCUUUGAGGCCGUGUCGUCACUGUUGAAGUUGGGGGAGGUGGAGGACGCCAGAGGUUUCACCCCAGUGGCUUUUGCCAUGCUGGGAGUCAGUGUUGUCCGCUCCCGCAUGAGGAGGGCCCUGGUAUUCGGCAUGGUUGUGCCCUCCAUCCUGGUGCCAUGGCUCCUGCUGUGUGCCUCCUGGCUCAUUCCUCAGACCUCUUUUCUCAGUAAUGUCUGUGGACUUGGAGUUGGGCUAGCAUAUGGCCUCACAUACUGCUAUUCCUUCGACAUCUCAGAGAAAAUAGCAUUGAAGCUUGACCAGAAGUUCCCUUUCAGCCUUAUGAGGAGGAUUUCGAUAUUCAAAUACAUCUCAGGUUCUUCAGCCGAAAGAAGAGCAGCCCGGAACCGGAAGCUGAACCCUGUGCCCGGCUCCUACCCCACGCAGAGCAGCUACCCUCACCUGUCCCCAAGCCCCCUUGUUGCCCAGAUGCAGCAUGCCAGUGGCCAGAAACUAGCUUCCUGGCCAGCCUGUGCUCUUGGGCACAUGCCCAGCCUGCCUCCCUACCAGCCUGCCUCCGGCCUGUGUUACGUGCAGAACCAUUUUGGCACAGCCCCUAACUCCUGUGCCUACCCAGGUUCCGUAGCGGUCUCCUUAGGGGUCCAGCCCCUCAUCCCCCUCAACUGCCCUGCCACUGAAUGUUCCAGGGCCCUGCCCACUCCAGAGACUACAGACUCCAAGGAAUGCUCAAGGAUCCUGAUCCCUUGAUGGGAAAUUUCUAGGGAAAUUAUCUAAGGUUUUCUUGACAAAAAAUUAUUUAUUAAACACCUCUGUGCCAGGCUCUGUGUUGAGUACUUUGCUAUAUGUCCUUAUUACAUUUUCUUUUUAUUUUUUUUUAUAUAUUUUUAUUGAUUUCAG